AAAUAUCUAAUAAUUAAAAAAAAUUAAAUUUCUUAAUUAAAAAAUCAAAAAAUAAUUUAGAGUGCAAAUAUAUAGAAGGCUUAUCAAGCAAGCUAAGCAAUAUAAAUAACUAAGCUAUAAACAAACAAAUAAAUAAACAAACAAACAAAUUUAAUUUAAAGAUAUAGUUAAUAGAAGUAAUUUUAGCUGGUUAAUAUGAAAAAGCUAGCAUUAUUAAUUGGGAAUGAACAGGAUGAAUCUUCGCCUACUGGCUAAAAUCUCAAAAAUAGCGAUUGCUUUAUUUGCAAGAAUGAUUAAGAUAUGUAUAUGAAAGCUCUUGAAAAAAAGAAAGUGAUCAAUUGUAUAAUUUGUAAUAAACUACAGCAUCCUAUUUGUUAUAAUAUUUAGAAUUAGACUGAUUCUAUAACAAACAAUUUUGCCUGUAUUCCUUGCAGAAUACUUUACAAUUAACCUUAGAUAUAAAAAUUCGAAAAUAUAAAUGGUCCAUUUAUUGUUUUCCCAAAGGAAAAAUAACAAGGAACAAUUCACUUCAUCCUUGAAGAAAUGCACAGUCUUCAAUUAGAAAGAAAUCAAUUCAAUGACUUGUGCGUUUAUUGUAUGAAAUUAGAUCUUAUGGAUAACAUGAAUAAGCCAUUAUACUAUAUUUGGCCUUCUGACAAUAUUGUAAUAAAAAUUAAUGAGGAAAUUCAAUCUUACAAUCUAGACUCUCUUUGCAUAGUAGAAAAAGGCGACAUCUGCUACAACUCUAAAAAUAAAUUUGAAUAUAAUCUAGGUGAUAUUUAAUAAAAAGAUUAAAAACCAAUUGCCAUAGGAAUAGGAAUUGUGUCUAAUGGAAAUAUGUUUUAAGUUAUCGAAAAAGUAUCUUUAGGAUAAACCUAAACAGAAGAGGAUAUGAUUAAAUAAUAUAAAGAGUGGGCUAAGGAUUUAGAAAUAGCAAUACCAAUGAAGGAUCAAAUUACAUAAACCCUUUUGAAAUGGCCUGCUAGAGGGAAAAAUUGCAACCACUUUACUUGUAUUGAUAUGUACUCUUAUUUAGAGUUUAAUUUAUAGAAUUCUAACUUGCAAAAAAGUAGAUGGGCUUGUCCUACUUGCCAGCAGAGGAUGUACAUUAAGGACAUAAUUUUUGACAAAUACUUGAAUAGAUUUGUUAAGGAAUAAAUAAUAAAUAAAAUAGAUCCAAAUCACAUUUAGUUCAUUGAGGAAGUUAUUUGUGAUUAAAAUGGGAAUCUUAGGAUUGGUGAUGAAUCUAUUUAGAAAAUACAAAAGAUGCAGUUAAAAAAAUUUCUAGUUUCGGAAAAUAAGAGAAUUGAGUGUAGUUUGGAGGAAAAAAAGAAAGAAUUUGAAUAAAAUAUUAAGUUAGAAAUAUAAAAAAAGUUAAAUUAACCUCUUUAAGCAAACACGAGCUUAGAUGAAGACAAACUAACUGCUCUCCUUGAAUUUAAAUAAAUGUAUCCAAAACUUGGUAUGGACGAGUUAUGGUAAAUAUUUAACAAUCCUGAAUAGAAAAGUCAAUUGGAUUUCUUAAUUAGCUUGGAUGAAUAAGAACUAGUCAUUUAUUUAAUGGAAAAUUACCCAAAUUUAAGAGAUUUAUCUAAUUUCUCUCAGGCUGAGGUAGUUUACCACAAUCAAUUUGAAAGUAUUCUAAAAGUUUUGCAAACGAAUAUUAAAUAAAAUGAAGAGGCCUUUUACUUGAUUUACAAAUACAGCGAGCAUAACAGUUAGCAGUAAGAAAGCAUAUUUGCUUCUAUAGUAGCUUCUAUUUUUACUAUAAUUAUCUUUAAAAAGAAUAAAAUGGAAUAUUAAAAAGCGGAUCUGAUAACUCCAACAUUCAUAUAUCUUGCAACCUAAUUUGGUUUUUAUCAUGAAAAUGUUAGCUAAUGUCCAGCAGGUCUUUUAAUUGGUGCUCUUUUCUUCUUUUACAAACACAUUAUGAAUUUCUCUUUCUAAAGAGCUUGCAAUUUAUUCUGCCAGUUUGUGAACUUUAAUGGAAACGAGAAUUUUUUCCUCUCUUUAUAAGACUCUACAACAGAUUUUUUAGCUGACACAAUCUCUUCUUUCCUUAAAAUGUAGAACUGUCUAGUUGAUUAAGAUAACUUUGAUUCAGUUUUAUUCUUCCAGAAAUUGUUGCUUAAGUAACUGUAAAAAUUGCUUUUAGAUCAGAAUUCCGAAGUUAGCCUUAGAUAAUAAAUCUGUCUAUUUUAGACAAUUAACAAAGCAAUUUUCAGGCUUAACCCAAGCUACAAUAAAAAACCAUUUAAAGAAGCUAAAGAAUUUAUCUCGAAAUUUGUUAACGGAGAUAAAGACAUCAUAAAACACAUAAAACAAUAUUCAUAAAUUUUUAUCAUCUGAUCAAGUUAUAAAAAAAUAAAUAAAACAGAUAGAAUAAAUGAAUGAAUGAAUAAUUUUUUAAUUUAUUUUAAAAUCUCAAUUCGCUCAAUUUUAUCAAGCAAUCUAAGUAUUUAAAAAAAUUGAUAAAUACCAACCUGAAAAAUAAUUAUUUAUUAAAAAUUCAAUAGAUUAGUUAAUUUAUAUUGUUUAAUUUAAAUUUAUUUUACUUUAAAAGUUGUAAAUAUUUGAAUGAUAUAUAUAUAGAUAGUAUGAUUAAGUAUAUUUAUUAAAUUUGUUAAAAAUUCUUU